AUGGCCGCAGCCACAGCCACAGCUUCAGCCGCCGACCGCGACAGCAGCGGGCAACAUGAGCUCGACGACAUGGCCGACAAGAAGCCCAGCCUCCCCGUCGAGGGAGACAUCAUGCAGCUGGCCCGGCUGGGCGAGAUAGGCGCCAUCCAGAAGCUGUUCGACAGCGGCCAGUCCGAUGCGACGUACACGGACGAGCAGGGCAUCACACCGCUGCACUGGGCGGCCAUCAACAACCACCAUGCCCUCUGCCACUUCCUCAUCCAGUCCGGCGCGCCCCUCAACGCCAAAGGCGGCGACGCUGUUGCGACACCCGUCCUCUGGGCCGCCAAACGCUGCAACUACUACAUCGUCAACCUGCUUCUCGAGCACGGCGCCGACCCCCUCCUCACCGACGACCAAGGCUUCAACCUGCUCCACUCGGCCACCCUCGACGGCAAUGUCUUCCAGCUCGUCCUCCUGCUGCACCAAGACAUCCCCGUCGACAUCCCCGACCCCCAGUCCCACACCCCGUUGAUGUGGGCUGCCUACAAGGGCUAUCCCUCUUGUGUGGAUCUGUUUUUGCGCUGGGGUGCGAACGUGUACGCCACCGAUGACCAGGGUUUCACUGCGCUGCACUGGGCCUUGGUCAAGGGGAGCCAGGGAAGCAUACAGAAGCUGUUGGAGUAUGGCGCCGACCGCUUUGCGAAGAACAACGACGGGAAGACGCCUGCUGUCACGGCUGAGGAAAUGAACACAACCAGGCAAUGGCGAAGGGCGCUGAGCGAGGCCGGGUACAAGCAUGACGGGAGUCCAAAGGAGUUCCCAGUCCCCGGUAUCAAGGAUACCAGGUGGUUCCUCUCGCGGUUCAUAUUCUUUUGGCCGUUUGCGAUUCUAUUCCUCGGACUGUGGCUGAUCAGCUAUUACCCAGUAUUUAUCGGUGUGCCUCUGGCGUUGAUUGGGAGUUAUCUCAUGCAGCUGGCCGCGCAGAAGCUGUUGCAAUGGGGACCCUCGAACAUGCGGAACAUACAUCACAGUCCCUUCCUUGCCGGUAUAUUUGCAGGCACCUUGUUCUGGAUCGGAGUGCGCUGGAUCACGACAGUCUUACCAGGAACGAUACGAAACUCCUUCUUUACGAACAUCAUUUUUGCAGCAUGCUUUGGACUUACGUCCUAUUUCUACUUCUUCACCAUGUCGUCCGACCCCGGCUAUGUUCCCAAGUCGGCGAGUAGGAGCGCCUCUAAAGCCAUUAUUGAUGAGCUUAUGGAGCUACGACAAUUCGAUGAACAUCACUUUUGCGUAAACUGCAUGGUCCGCAAACCAUUGCGCAGCAAGCAUUGCAAGAGAUGCGAGCGCUGCGUUGCAAAGAGCGACCACCACUGCCCCUGGGUUAACAACUGCGUCGCAAACAACAAUCACCGCCACUUCGUCUUCUACGUCCUCUUCAUGGAACUCGGCACCCUUGCCUGGCUUCGUCUCACCUGGAACUACCUUGAUCAUCUUCCAAAGCCCAAGGAUGAUGACUGCAACGUCUUAUCUGACGAUCUAUGCGAAAUUCUCAACAAGGAUCCCUUCACCAUCAUCCUCUCCAUCUGGGCAGCGUUCCAACUAACCUGGGUCACUAUGCUCCUCUGCGUCCAACUCUUGCAAAUCGCACGCAAUCUGACCACAUAUGAAUCCAUGCGCGGCCAUCUCAACUCGCAUACCGCCGCCGACGCAGUAACUUCUUUUGUUACCACUGGUGACACUUCUCAAGACGUUGCAGGGGGGGCGGCGGGUGCAGGCCCCGCAGGCAGUGCACCCACCAACGGCUUUGGAUCUGGCCAGGACACUGGCGACGCUCCUAAACGUCCGCAGCCUAAGCACUCGGUGUGGGAUCAGUGGAAGCGACUACUCGGUCUCGACACGUUCGUUGCCAUCGCCCUACACGGCUCCAACGCAGAUCAAAUGCGCGCGCAGCGUCAGCGGCGCGGUAACCCCUUUUCGAGAGGCAUUAUUGCGAACUGCAAGGACUUUUGGUGUGAUGGAGCUCCGAUGUUUGGGAAACGUGAGGGUGGAUAUGCACGCCUAGGAGGCGAAAGGAUAGAUUACACCAGGUUGUAUGAUGUAAAUGAUAUCCCGAAGAUGAGGUAUGCGAGAGGAGGGGGAGGAGAGAGGUACGAGAGUGUAGAGACAGAGGAAGAGGCGUGA